AUGGAUUAUCAGGUUUUGGGUGAUGAUUUGAAUGAUCAAGAUGAUAUUAAUGAUUCAAGUGACGAAGAGAAUUUAUAUGAUACCAGUAGGUUCGAUCCAAUUGAACCAUUUAGUUUUAUUGUCGAAAAUAAAAUACAAACCGAGUUUUUAGAAUUUUUUGAUUCAGACAAUUUAUAUGAAGAAACGUUUAAAAUAGGAAAAAAUAAAAGAACAGACUCUAUUCUAGAUUUAUAUUUAGCAUAUGAUUUGCUGGAUGAUAGAAGAACAAGGAAAAUGAAAAAUAACUUUAUGUCAUUCCCAAGAGAUUAG